UUUAAAUUUUAAUAUAUACUCCUAUUACAUAUUUUGAUUCAUUCUUAAUUUUUUUUAUUUAUAAAACUGAUAUUACCAUUUUUUAUGCUUCAUAGAGAGUGUUACUCCCGAGGAAGGUAGUUGAAUCGAAAGAAACGCCAUCGGAAACAUGUGCACGUUGGAGAAGAGAGGCAGCAUCUUCAUCCUAACACUCUCCGGCGACGGCGAGCACCGCCUAAACCCUAAUCUCCUCAAUUCCAUCCAAUCCUCCCUCCGCCGCGUCCGCCACGAAGCCACCGCCUCCUCCGUCCUCAUCACCACCGCCCAAGGCAAAUUCUUCUCCAAUGGCUACGACCUCGCCUGGGCCCAAUCCUCCCCGCUGGAGCGCAUGACACACAUGGACGACCUCCUCCGCUCCGUCGCCUCCGAUCUCCUAUCCCUCCCCAUGCCGACCAUCGCCGCCGUCACCGGCCACGCCUCCGCCGCCGGCUACGCCCUCGCUCUCGCGCACGACUACGUCCUCAUGCGCCGCGACAGGGGAUUCCUCUACAUGAGCGAGCUCGACAUCGAUCGCGUCAUUCCGGCGUGGUUCGUCGCCUUGCUCGCCGCCAAGGUCGGCUCGCCGGCGGCUCGGCGCCGCAUCGUCUUGAACGCGGCGAAGCUGACCGCCGAGGAGGCGCUGCGGCUGGGCGUGGUGGACUCGGCGUACGCCUCCGCCGCGGAGACCGUUGAGGGUGCGGUUGACCUAGCCGCUGAGUUGGGGAAGAGGAAAUGGGAGGGACACGUGUACGCUCAGAAUCGGAAGCGGCUUUUGGGUGGCGUCAUUAAAGCCGUUGAAGACACCUCUGAGAGAAACGCAGAGACUUCUUCGCGCCUUUAGCCUUUGGGUAAGCCUCCGUGUGCUCAAAUAAUAUAGCCUCCGCUGUUUAUUCGGCCUUUUUGUUUUUUUGUAGCUUUUGCUAUGUUGGGCUAUGAAGUCCAAUUUAUUGGACUUAAAAGAUUUGUACUAAUUAAAUGGGUUUAAUAUGUUUUUUU